AUGACUUAUUAUCGCGCACCUCAACAUGAUAUCGUUUAUCCUUCUGAUUAUUCAGAUGAUAAUCCAUCUCAAUGUUGUUUUUGUUGGUUGUGUUCAUUAUGUUGUUGUCGGAGACCAAGAAGAAAUCGACAGAAUCGUGGAAGAAGGAUGAUUGCGACAACAAAUAUCACACAGUAUAAUCACAACCAGGUUAGUUUCUCGGGAACUUUUUUGAAACAUUUGUUUUGGCUGAAAACUUGCUGUGAAAACAAUUUUUUCCAAAGUAUUCGCUCAGAUUCCGGCUUGUCCAAAUCGAAUCUGUUUUUUUUUAAAUAAUCACAGUGCUGAAUUUUGAAAGGGUCAUUUAAAUUGAAUAAUUCAUCAGAUUCUGAAAAAAAUUUCUGAAAUUUUUUUGAGAUUUGAAACAAUUUUGUGAGGUUGGAUUAGGAUUACCAAAAUGUAUCUGAAAAACUAAAAAUUCAGAAAACUGUUUAGUUUACCUAGAGUUUGAAGUUGCUAAUUAUAUCUUUAGUUUGAAAUUUCAAAUUAUUGAAUACGAUACGUUCAUUUUUCAAAAGAUGGUUGUAAAAUUUGUUUCCUGGUUCUAUUUUUGUAGAUUACUGUAGUUUCUUUUUUUUUUAAUUUCUUUUUUUUUUCAAAAAUUUGAAAUUUCCAAGGGUUUGAAAAUCGCAUUUCUUUCGGCUUCAUUAAGUCACAAAACUACGCGACUCAGAAAAUUUAAUUUUUACGCGUAAAAAAUUUUUUUUUUUUUGGAAUUAAAAUUUUCAGCCAUUUCCAUUUUACUGUAAAGCUAUUUUCUGAUUUCUAUAAAAAUUUCCUGUUCUGAACACCUCAUCUUCUUUCUAAAUCAGCCCAUUCCAUCCAUCGUUUUCACCAAAAACCUUCAAAUGUUCCCAACUUUUUUUGUUCGGUGGUUCCAAAUUGAGUUUUUCUUUUUUUUCGAAUGAACGAGAGAAAAUGAAAUAGUUUUCAGCCGGAGAAAACUCGGCAAAAAACUGCGAAGAGAAAAUUGUUCAAGGACCCUCUUUUCUAAAGUGAAGUGGAAAAGAUUGAUUCGGACAGGAAAUUUUGAAUGAUAUUUUCGUGUAUUUUUGGAAAAAAGAACAGAUGUUGGCAAUUUUCUUGUGCUUUUUUGAGCUUUUUUGUUGGUUAGGUGAAAUGACAUUUGUGUAUCGAAUUGAUUUUCCAAUUUUUUGUUUUGUAAAGCUAACAAGAUUUUGAUAAUCUAUGUUUUUUUGAGAAGUAGAUUAUCUCAAAUUAUUUUCUGAAGAAAUUUCUAGAUUUUCUCAAGUUUGCUCUAGAUUUUUGAACAUCAAAUUCGAGAUUAGGAUUUUACAGUUCGGAAAGAUUUUUUAGGAAAUUUUUUAUGUGUUUCAGUUUCCGUUGAUUAAAUUUGAAAUUCCUGAUUGUCUGAAAAUGGACCAAGUCGAAAUUCUGUCCGAAUUGUGUCAAAGAAUGUUAUCACCAAACAUUUUUUAAAAAGGCUCAUGACUAAAAUUUUGAAAAUUUUGAAUUUUUAAGGCGAAUAAUCUUUAACCAAAAAUAUACUGGACUAUUGUAAUUUGCAAAUUGCUUAUUUUUUAUUUAUUCACUGUCUUUUCUAUUUUUCAAACCAAUAUUUUCUUUUUCUUCUUCCAAAUAUGUAAUAUUAAAAAUAAUCCCCAUCUCUCAUAAAUCAUCAAAUAAUUUCCUUAAUUUCGCAAAUAUCUAAUUAUUCAUACAUAAUCCAACGUUUUCUUUAUUCAUUCCUCCAAAUUAUUUCUACAUGAGCUGAAUUUGAUUCAUUUUUUCUCCUUUUUCAUAGACACCACCACCCAAGAAGAAGAAGAAGAAGAAGUAAAAGUAGAAGAAGAAGAAGCAGAAUCGAUAGUAUAAAGGGGAGGAGAAAAGAGCUCAACUUGGCUGGCUCACUAUUUUCUCCUUCUCUUUUUCAUCUCGCGCAACCACCAAACUGAGAAUAAAUCGAUAUUAGAAAAUAGGAAAAAGAAAGUAGUAGAAGUAGUAAAAAUGGAUGGAGCAAGAGAGAAAAAGAAGAAGAUGUGCUUGCUUCUACAUGCCUUCUUACAUAACUUCUUCUACAUCUUUUUUCCUUUUCCUUCUCCUUGGCCUUUUGCUCUUUUUUUCUGAAGGAAAAUACAAAAAACAUUCUUGUUUGUUUUUCUGGAUUCUGAGAAGUGAGAAGUUCAAAUUGUUCUCUUGAUUUGAGAUUAGGUAUUUUUGAUUUGGCAGCAAGUUUAAUCGAAUUUCAAGAAAAAUAUCGACUGCAGAAGUAUGUAUGUGUAUGUUGUGAUUGAGAACUUCUGGCCCAAUUUUUCAGAAUUACUUUUUUUAUUAAAAAUUAUUUUUGAUCUAUUAGAAAAGUUGUAAAAGUUGAGGACUAGAGAUUUAGGGGUUGAUUUUUGAAUAUCACAAUUUUGAAACGUAUAUUUUUCGAAAAAAUCUGUGAAUUCAAUUAAAAAUGUUUUAUUGAAUAUUUUUCAGAAUCUCAAAUCAUUUAAACAAACUGAGAAUCAACGGCUAAAAUCACACCAACCAAGUUCAAAACAAUAUUUUCAAAAAAUAGAUUAAGUGUGUUGAAUUUCAGGUUCAUUUUCUUACUGUAAAAUUUUUAUCAAUAUUUUGAUGAUAUCAAAAAGAUCUUCUGUUGAGUUCAGAAAAAUGCUUUUGUUCUUCGGAUGAUUUUUCUCCUAGUAGAAAAGUUCAGAAUAAUAUUUUUUGUUGUUGAAAACUCGAAACUUUUCUAGUUAUAUGAAAUUUUUCUUUCAAAUCUUACCCAUUUUUUCUCAUUAAAUAUUUUUUGCUCAAUUUCCAAUAAUCCCAUCUUGUCUACAUGUUCAUAUUGCAUUUUUUUUCAUUUUAUUGUCCAUAUUCAUUCAUUUUCUCUGCCUCUCUCUCCUCUCUCACUCUCUCAAUUUUCCACCCUCAAAAAUCGGACUCUUUUCGUGUUUUGUCCCUCGAGGGAUUCGACCUCGUCGCACCCAAAAUCCAUAAAAAAAGAAAGAACCAGCAAGGAAUUUUUCGAAAUUCGAUCCUUUAUUUAUUUUAUUUUCGGUCCGUUUUUCUAGAUAGGUAAAUAUUAUUUCUAUAUUAGUUAGUUAGAAUUUGAAUUUUCUCUUUUCGGGUGAAGCAGUUCAGUGUUUUUAAAUGUAUUCAUGAAUUUUGACCGACUCAAUCUCGUAUUUUUUUUUGUUUCAGACCGCAUUUCGCGAUCGUAUGAACAUCAGUCAGCCGCCGCCAGGUUAGUUUUACUUCGCAAUUUUUUUCUGGGUUCUCAUAAUUUAUAAUUUUAGGCGGCGGAGGGGGGCGGUUACCCGAAGAAGUUUAUCGAAAAAUCACAGCUGUUGAUCAGGGAACUAGUACUUUAACACAAUCUGGAAUUCAGGGACUUAGUGCGAGGAUUUUGGACAAGUUAGUUUAUUUUGAAUUCAAGAGGGUCGUUUGAUCACGAAAGGUAUUCUCAUUUCUUAGAUAAUUGUGAUCUUACCCCAUCUUUUCACCCAAGUUUUAAAUAAAAUCUAAUUUUUUCCAGAGAAACUCGUGGUGAUUUAAUUAUCCAAUUUGUUGAAAUUAUCAAAAAACCCGGACAAUCAUUAGGUUUAUAUUUACGCGAAGGAAAUGGAAAAGAUCGAGGCGAUGGAGUUUUUGUGUCAAGAUUCGGCGACAAUUCCGAAUUGGCAAAAUAUGGCGAUGUUAUUCGACCCGGUGAUGAGAUUUUGACAAUUAAUAAUGUUGAAGUAUCAAUGAUGGGUAUUGAUGAUGUUGUUUUGAUUUUAAGUAUACCACGAAGACUGUUGCUCAGAAUACGGUAGGGGUUUGGUUUUUUUUAGAAAAAAAUUAUCAAUCAAAAAUUUCAUUUCAGAUUUUCAAAAUCGAUGAGACAUGAAAUAGUUAGUAGUCGAAGUACAGAAAGACCUGUUGUUGUGUUUCAUAAAGUUGAAGAGAGAAGAGAAAGUGAAUCGAAUGCGAAUGCUCCGAUUUUGUCACAACCAACUUCAACAGCGAAUACUUGGCUCGGGAAGAAGAGUCGACAACAGAUGGAGGUUAGUAUUUUUGAAGGUUUGGGUUGAAAAAAGGGGUUUGCAAGAACUUGAAAAAUUAUCGAGUGAAAAUGAUACUCUUCUGAAAUUAUUUGACACAAAUCUGAUGUUGAAAAGUUUUGAAAAUUUCUAAAAAUUUGGAAAAUAUACUAAUUUAUUUUUGGCGGCCGUAUUUUUUUCAGAUGCUGAAGAAAAAUUGAGCACAUCUCAUAAAUCUCAUAAUUUUUUACCGACGAAAAACUUUAGGAACUAUGCUCUCAAAAUAUUUACUGUUUCAAUAUUAUAUUCUAGAUUUCUUGAGUAACUUCUGUUUUGAAUUUCAUAGAGCACCUUUGAAAUUUGGGAAGAAUAAAAAAAUUCAAUUACUACUGUACGCAAUACAUAGUUCAACGUGGAGGAAUUUCGAAAUUAAAAAACAUUUUGUUCGGAAGUUUCACUAGUUCUCUUCAUACUGAAUUAUUUUCACAGAAAGUUUUGACGAGAAUCAAAAUAAUUGUCUAGUUUUGAAUUUGAAAUCUUUCUGAUUUCUCCAAAAUCCCGAUUCAUCCGUUCCCCUUCUGACAGAAAUAGCUUCUUUCUAAACCAUUUAUCCAUCCAUCCAUCCAUCCGGGCAAAAGCCACCACCACCAUAGCCAGAAAAAAAACAAUUUUAGUGUGUGACCAGCCAACAAAACAAAAAAAAAGAAGUUUGUUCAAAAAAUGACAAAUUGCUUUCCUGCUCCACAUACUACUUUUUCUUUUUCCCCCCAUUUUUUUCGUUUUGGCGCCAAAAAAGGAUUCCAUCAAAAAUUGUUUCCCGAUGACGUAUUUUGAAUGAAUAAGUGAGAUGAGAGAAAUGAAAAUGAAUAUCAGUUUCACAAGUCUUUCAAUUGUUAAGUUAGUCUAAUUGAACAUGAAUAUGAAGUUGAUUAGGUUUAGAAAAUCGUUUUAAAGAAUUAAUCAUCAUUUUUCUUUUUUUCUAUUGCUUUGCAGCGCUCAAAAAAACCUCGGUCGCUGCCAAUGAAUAAUUCCAAAAUUGUCCUUUUUUCCCUUGGCCACUUCUUUCUUCAUUAGAAAUUCGAACCUUUUCUUUUUCUCUCCAUUCUAUUCUACUUUGAGUUUCAGAUUUCACACACACACAAAAAAACUGUGGUAAAAUGUAUGUGUGUGUUUUUUCUUCUUCCGAAAACAUCUCGGCAAAUUUUAUUUUGAAGCUUGGAAUUGGGCCUAUAUUUUUGACAAACCUAAUUUUUGAUAAGCUUAAUGUUGAGCCAAUUUCUAGUAACCUUAUCUUGAUUCUACAAACCCCUUGGCUAAAAAGGUACCAACAAAAAAUAAAAAGCUAACAGGCAGGGCGCCGCCAUCUUUCGUCCAAAUGUCAAUUUCAAUUUUCAAUUAAACACUUGUUACAAACAUGUCAAACUCGAUGUUUUUUGCUCUUCAAAUGGUCCCAUCUGCGUCUCUUACUCACUCACUUACUUUUCUCCCUUUUUUUCCAUGCACCCCUCCCGAAAAAAACUUGUUUAGGCGAUAAAUAUCCGUGCCUAAAAAGGCGCGUUUUGGCCUAUUGAUCGGGCGCGGUUCUUACUUAUCUCGUUUUGUGCUCUUUUUUCUCUCUAAACUUUUUCGCUCUCCGUUUUUUUCGCGCUUUUUUCUAUCCGCAUAUUCAUUUGAAUGUGUUUCAUCAAAGUUUUAUGAGAUUUAUGAGGCUUUAGAUUUAUUCAGUUUUUUGAGAAUUGAGAAUUUUUUAUAUCUUUAGGAAAUUAGUUUUUCUUUUUUUCUAGAAUUAUGCAAAGACGUCAGAAAAGUGCAUUACAGUAUCCUACAAAUUUUCGUAUUUUAUAUUGAUACAAUUUCUGUCUACCUGAUUUUUCUCAUUUAUUUACUUGAGAGUCGAUUUUCAGGACUUCUAAUUUUCAAUAUUCGCACAUUGAAAACUUGAUAUGAAUAUUUGAAAUCUUGAAUUUUGCGCACUGAAAAUUAAUUUCAAAUUUAGCGCUGAGAGUCUGAGCAAAUAAUUCAAAUUUUCAAAAUUUGUGGUUUUCAACAAAAAUUAAUUUGAAACGUUCUCCCAGAAGAUUCGAAUACUUGAAUUUCGCGCCUUGAAAAUAGAUUCUGAAAUUUGCAAUAGUUCCGGUAUCUCAAAAUUGUGUUUUUACACCUUCAAAAUUAGGUUCAGUCCAAUUCCAAUUUCACAUUAAUAUUUUCUUCUCCAGGAAAUGCGAUCAUCAACCCUCCGCUCAACUACAAAUGCUUCCACAUCCUCUCCUCGUUCGCAUUAUGCUCCUCGAGUUGUAAAUGGUCAUUCAACUAUUUCAACAUCUCAUCAUCAUGGAUUACCUUCUGUAUCCGGAACAACCGCAAACGAUAAUCAUCAUUAUCAACGAUUCUCAUCAGAACCAGCAGAUUCGGUAACUCGAACAGCUCGUGUUCCACCACCUCGAUUAGCAUCAGCAACUGUUCGAAGAACUGAGAGUUUCAAUUCAGCGCCAGGUGUAUCAAAUGUUAGUUUUUCUCCUUUCAUAAUUUUUUUAUAUUGUAAGAGUUAGAAUAACUUAUAUUAUUUUUUCCAGAGUGCUCCGAUGUAUACAUUACCCCGAUCUUCUACUGCAGUUCCACCACCUGAUAUAUCAUCUCGGAUUCCUUUAUCAGCAAGAGAUCCUUUGAUGAGAGGACCUGGAACUGAUAUUUAUGAUCCUAGAAGUACAACUGAUCCAUUAUUAUCUCGAUCUUUAUGUUCACCAAUUUUACCAAGAUCUAUGAGACAACAACAACAACAACCAAUUAAUGAUCUGAAGAGUAAUUCAUUGCCUAGACGAAGAUUUAUGACUGGUUAGUUCAAUUAGAAAAUUAGAAUUUUGUAAUGAUUUUUUGUUCAGAACUUUCAGGCGCGCGAAAUGUGAAAUGGCGAAAUGAUGUUGUAUCAACUUCUGAAUUAUGUGGAGAAGACAGCGAUGGUUGUAUAUCUGCUCCCGAAUAUUCAUCAGCCCCAUUUCAACGAUUAUCUCAACGUAAGUAAAUGUCAUUCCAAAUCACACCUAACUAAGAAUUAUAUAAUAGAAAAAUUGGGAGAAAAUUAGAGAGCGCGGUGAAUUUGGAGGGACGAGACAAAGUGCAUUAGAGGGCCAUUGAAUAAAAUACUACUACAACGCAAAACAAAAGAGUAAAUGGAAUGUAAAAGCGGCGCGCGCCGCGCUUUUUGGGUUAGAAAGCAUGAAAAAUUGAAAAUUAAAAAAAGUUGCGGGGGGUUGGGAGAAAAAUAAAAGUUGAAAAUGUUUGUGAAACUUUUUUUGCUGGAACCAGAUUUCAUAAUGGUUUUCUACGGAAUUGGCCUAACUCAUCCGGAUUUUUUUUUUGCGAAAAUUUGGAUUUUUUUAUUAUAACAUAAAAGAAAUAUUGAAUUUUUCUUGUUUUCCGAAUAUAAUCAUAAAUAUUUUGGAACGUAGAAUUUUCAGGAAAAAAUUUGAAUUAAAAAUGUUUUUUUUUAAUUUAUGAGCUAAAAAAAUUCCAGAAUUCUUCUAGUGUUCAAAUCAACGGACCCUUGAGAUUUAAAAUUUCAAUUUUUUCAGAACAACAAUUUCGAUUGUCAAAUGGUAGUCCAGGUCGAACAGUCAAUGAUAUAUUUUCUGCUGCUGAAUACCGUAAUUGGGCAGGUCCAUAUGAUCCUCGAACAACCGGCCGAACAUCUUCUCGAUGGUCCCAUACAUAUGGAGAACAAAGAGCACCACGAACAAGUUCUCUACCAGGUCGAACAAUUCUUGCACAAAGUCUUGUUGGAAGUCCAGUUCUACCGCGACAUCCGCCACCAAUUGUUCAAGAUCGACCAUCAGCAGUUUUUGAUCGAUAUCAUGUGUCACCUUUGAUGAAUCGAAGAGCACCAUUGAGAGCAGCUGGACCUGGUAUAAAUAUUGAUCGAUUGAAUGUAAGCAGUUUGACUGGUAUUCUUUUUGUCCAAAUUUUGGAAGGAAGAGGAUUACGAAUACCUGAAAAACAAAAAGGACUCACUGAAGAAAUGUAUUGUGUUCUAGAGGUCAGUUAUAUUCUAUUGGAUAUAAAUAUUGAUUACAUACAUUUAUUAUAGGUCGAUGAACAACAUCGUGCCAGAACUGGCGUCUCAACAAUCGAUCAGAAAUUCCGAUGGCGUGAAACAUUCCACAUUGAUGUUGUCAAUGCAACCGUCACAAAUUUCUUCGUCUAUUCUUGGCAUCCACAAUUCCGACAUAAAUUAUGCCAUAAAGGUUCGCUGAAACUUCUCGAAGCAUUUGUGGUAGAUCAAUUGAAUGGCGAUCGAAUGUUUGCAUUGAAUUUGGAACCAAGAGGACAACUUAUUGUUCGAAUUGGUUUCCAUGAUAUGCAAUCAGUAUUCAGAAGAACUGUGAAUCCAAGAUUAGAUGGGUAAGUGAAGCAUUCUCAAGUGGAUUGUGAGAGAAAUUAUUUUAUAUAAAAAAUUUUGCAGUGUGUUUGGUGUUCCGCUAAGUCGUUUGGUUCAUCGAGAACGACGUGAAACUCCAAUAAUUCUAACGAGGUUGAUUCAAGAGAUCGAGAAAAGAGGAAUUGAUUAUAACGGUUUAUAUGUCUGUAAGUUCAUUUAAUUAUUUUGAGAUUAAAAUAUUUAUUCACACGGUUUUUGCAUUAUGGGCCUAUGCAGAAUGAUAUUUUGUAAUAAAAAAACAUUUUUUCCUAUGCAGAAAAACGUCGAAAAAACAAAAUAUACAGUUUAUCAUUUUGAGUAGAGACAACGUGAAAUUGAGAGAGUGCAGACAAAAAACCCAUUUUAUGUCUGCGCUCUCUCAAUUUCACGUUGUCUUUAUUUUGUUUUUUCGACGUUUUUCUGCAUAGGAAAAAAAUGUUUUUUUAUGUUUUUUUAUUACAAAAUAUUAUUCUGCAUAGGCCCAUUAUUUUUUGAAAUUAAAUCUAAAAUAAUUCCAGUAUGUGGAUCAGUCGAGAAAAAACGAGUUCUACGCGACGAACUCGAAGCAAAUCCACUCGGCACCGAACUAUCCACCGAAAGUAUACCUGACACAAAUGUGAUUGCUUGUUUGAUCAAAGAUUUCUUGCGAGAACUUCCUGAACCUCUAAUCUCUCCACAAAUUCAUGCAAUGCUUCUUGAUGCACAAUCAGUUGCACUUCCCAAUGAUGUUCAAGCCAAUCGAACUCUUGUUUUAAGAAUUAUUGAUUGUCUGCAAUUAUCAGCAAAGGUGAGUUAAAAGGGAAUGAAAUAUUUAAAGGAUUCCUUGUUUUCAGAAUUGCUUACUUCUUGUUCUCGAUCAUCUAGUUACUGUUUUAUCUUCUUCACCACACAACGGGUUAUCAACAACAAGACUUUCAGCGGUUUGUUUUCUUUUUAAAAUUACUGUCAAAAAUUAUCUUAAAAAUAAUUAUUUUCAGAUAUUUGCACCUCUAAUAUUUUGUUGCCUUGAUACAAUUUCACCGUAUGCCAGUUCGCCAACAUCAAAACAAUGUUUAAUUCGACCGUUGGAUGUGAAUCAAGCUUCUCAAAGUCUUCAAAUGAUAUUGUCUAUUUGGCCCUCAAGAGUUAGUGAGUUGGUCGAGUUCUUUCCUUUUUUCUGCUUCUCUAUUUUACUUUCAUGUGUUUUUUUGCAACAUUCAACUACUAAACUUACCCUUCACACACGUUUUUUAUUUCCACUUUUUGCACCACUUUUUGAUUGAUUUGUGAUGAUUUAACAAAAGUUGGGAAAUUUGGGAGAAAUUGAUUUUGAAGAGAAAAUCCCUAGGAAAAUUUUUGAUCAUCAGAAUUUAUGAAUUAUCUACUUUUUAUUGAGGACAUUUUUUUUAAUUCAAAAUUCUAAACAAAGGAGAACAAAAUCAGUUCUAUUCAUCUUCAACAAAUUCCAUUUCGAAAAAAUAAACGUUAAUUCUGUUCCUAUCAAAAAAUCAUUUCUAAUACAAUUUUGGAAUGUUCAUAAAUGUCGCAUGAAAGUAAAUGUGAGAUCACUAAACUCACAAAAUUAAUGCUCAAUUUGUUCUGAUUCAGAUAGCGAGAGUGGAUCAGAUAGUCCGGCCACGACAUGUCAAAAAGGAACAUCAUCAUCAUAUGUCUCGGAAUCGCAGUGCUGA